AUGGCCAGCGCAGACAUUGAUGUUGAAGUGGCCAAGAGCCCUUCACCAGCCAAGGUGGGCUUUGGUGACAUCGCCAAGCACUUCAUCCUGAUGGGAUGGACUGCCUUCGGAGGACCUGCAGCUCAUGUUGGGCUGUUUCAGAAGACAUUCGUGGAACGCCUCGGAUGGAUGAGCGUCGAUGUCUUCACAGAGCUCUUUGCAGUCUGUCAGUGCAUGCCUGGCCCAAGCUCCACUCAGAUGUCGUUCGCUUUGGGUACAACCAAGAAGGGCAUUGCCGGAGGGCUCCUGAGCGGAAUUCUGUUCCAGUAUCCGGGCGCAAUCAUGAUGACAAUCUUUGGGCUCACUGCCCACAACUGGGCUACUCCACAGGUCAUUUCUGACUACUCCUGGCUGGCUGGCUUGGUCGGAGGUUUGAGUGCAGCUGGUGUGGCACUGGUGGCCUCGGCUGCCAUCGGACUGUGGAACAAGGCCUGCGGCUCGAGUGCUGAUGCAAAGGUGCUGGCCGGAUUUUGCUGCGUUGUGUUGUUGUAUUACUCGGCAGAGCUGAUUGCACCAGUGGACCGCGACGGACGCAAUUGGAUGUGGAUCUUCCCGACUCUGAUCGUUUUGGGGGGCGCUUUUACAUAUUUCUGGCGUGGUCCUCUUCCUGAGUCUAAGGACACGAGAGCUCACACUGCCGAGGAAAGCGGGGUGGAGCACUUUGGCCUUGGGCCUACAGGCGGCGCGAUCCUGAUCGCAGUGGUGGCUCUUGUCUUCAUUGCAAGCUACGUCCUGCCAUCGAUACUGGAGGAGUCGGAAUUCAAGCGUCUAUUUUGGUUUGCGGCCUUCUGGCGCACAGGGACCGUUAUAUGGGGUGGUGGCCAGGUGGUUCUCCCUUUGCUGGAGAACGAGAUGGUGCCCACGGGCUGGGUGGAUCAGUCGGUCUUCUUUGCUGGCCUGGCGCUGGCACAAGCGAUGCCAGGACCUCUCUUCAACUUUGCUGCCUUCCUGGGGGCAGCGGCUGGCUACAAGGCCUACAUGACUAUUGGGGAAGGCAUCUUGGGAGCAGGGCUUUGCUGGCUUGGUCUUUUCGGACCUGGAGUCAUGCUGAUCUUUGGGAUCCUUCCCUUCUGGGGCCAGUUCCGCUCCAACGACACUUACAAACGUGCACUACCAGGCCUCAAUGCAGCAGCUGUCGGCCUCCUUUGUGCUGCACUGGUCCAGAUGGGAGCCGGGGUGCGGGAGAACAACACAAAACCCAAUGGCCCCAUCCCAAAGGAGGCCUCCACGUGCAUUGGCCUGAUUGCCUUCUGGGGCGUGCAUUGGCUCAAAUUCCCGGACCGACCAAUCCUCGCCCAAGUCCAGGCACCCAUCGUCGUCAUCGCAUGUGGCAUUCUUGGUCUUGCCGCAGGCGUCCUCGAGAUGCGAUGA